AGAGGGCCAAAAUCCGAGCCUAAAUAAUUUAUUUUACUUUUCUUUUCUGUACGGGAGGGGAGCACCUCCACCUCUUCACACCCUCUCCUGGAUUUGGCCCCUGCAUCCACGCGCAUCCGAGGUCUGCUGCCCAAUGCUGUUUGGGAUGGUGGUCACCCAAUGACAAGCCCCCGACCGCCACCAGGAUGUCCCUGCGAUGCAAGAGGGCUCAGAGCACCGCGACCUAGUCAUGCACCUAAGCCGACCUACCGACCAGCACGGACUAAUCGCUCGUCUCCAUUUGGCGCCAGCCUUCAGGGCGAACCGAAUCGGAGAGAGGGGGGAGGAGCUGACUGCUUCUCACUCCUCCGACGAGUAACUUCUCCGGGGCACUAUCUUCUAAGCUUAUGCCGACUAGCCUCCUCGAGGGCGAUUCGCAGAAAACAUGACAGGUAACAGUUGGAGUUAACCGCCCAGUUCCGACCGUUGCUGGCCAACGGUAACCACGUUAGAUGGACAGACCAAUACCACGGGA